AUGGCCACAGUCUCACCGCCGGCUCAACAUUCGCCAGCAGGCCUAAAGCCCACAACCUCAGCGUCUGUGUCUGCUAAUUCGCACCUUGAUGAAAAAGACACCUCCUCUGUCGAUCAAUUAUUCGAACAUCGCAAUGUUCGAGAAAUUGAGGCGUACGCGUCGAACGUCUUGCAGCAAGCGCGGACAAAGCAACAAGCUGUUCGGACGCUUGUAGGGGAUCGAUUUCGCGACUUACUUGGCAUAUCGCGCACGGUCGUAGAUAUGCAUGAUCAUCUCGUUGCAUUGCGCGAGACACUCGAGGCGCUCCAACGCGCGAGUGAACACAUGGCCGAGCAGCAUGCCAAUCGCGGAGCUCGGGGCCACGUCUUGAGCAGCAACAGUCACUCUUCCGAGAUCCCCCAUGCAGCCAUUCUUCUUCUUAUUGCGGACGCGCCAAUCAUGAUCCGCAAUGCUCUCAGAGCUGGCUCAUUCCUCCAAGCGGCUUGGGCGAUGGUGUUCGCGACCAAGGCGUGGCAUUGGCUGCAUACGUCAGAUCAUACAGAAUUGGUCUCGAUCCUCGAGCCCCAAUGGACUGAUAUUCAGUCUUUGCGCGACCAUGUACUUGGAUGCAUCGACACGUCAUUGCAGAAUGUAUCUGUGCGCACGUCAGUUGUGCUCGAUACGAUCGUCGCCUACACACUUCUUGAACAGGCACCCAUCAACAAAGCACUCGAGCAUGUGCAUGCACAACGGGUCAAAGCAGCGGCAAUAUGCUGCUCCGAUACCGCGCCAUUGAGCGAUCGUGUUUCACGCUUGGUCCGUGUCGUUGUACGCACACUUACUCUUACGCGGACGCUUUGGGCGCGUCCUGUUCUAAGUCGCAUUUUGACGCGGUUGAGCGAUGGAAAUGCGUUCUUUCGAUUGGGAACGACGGCGUGUGAUCUUCCAUCCUCUUUUGCACCAGCAGGAGCUGCAAACCUGUACGAGCAUAUGCCACUGGCCAUCCAGACGUGUGAGGCGGCAGCUGGUUCUCCAAUACUCAAAGACGAUGACAUUCAUCUGCUGACUCGCGCAUUUGUGCAACGCGUAUGUACAGAACUUGACGCAGUACCGAACUUUCUUGCAAAUGAACAUGAUCUUGAUGUACUUGCACAGAGCCGUCACUCGCUCAAGACGCUCUGUGCAAGAUCGAAUGUUUCCGAGCAUCUCGGUAUUCUAGAGACGCAUUUGCUUACUCUGCUAGAUGCUCGAGUUCGGACGCUUCUGCAGCACACACUAGCUGAUGUGCCAAGCGCCUUUGCCGCUGCGUUGCAACGCAUGAACGAAGAAAGCGUGCCAUCCAAUGCGCUCCAGGACCUGUUUUCCGCACAACAGGAUCACGUACAUCCUACACAUUGGCGAACGUACCGUGCGCCAAGUAUUGAGUCGUGUCUAUCGCUGGUCGAGGCACGAAUUGGGCAGACUGCGCACAGUAUGGAUGUCGUCGCUGCGCCCGUUCACACCACAUGCUUAGCUCUCAUUGAGCAGCUCCAGCAGGUUGCGCAGGCUGACGCCCUCUCGAUCGAACAGAUGCACCGCCUCCUGCGUGUAUGUCUAGCAAUGCACACGAGCCCUGUGCUAACGAAACUGGCCAACAAGUUGUUUUUCGAGCGACUGGCCGACGUUUACAUGGCUCUGAGCAGGCGCUGGGCGCGAGCGUACGUGGACUAUGUGCUGAGUUUGCACCAGGAAGCCAUGCCUAGUCUACUGAAAUUGGCACAUGCGCUGCAUACGCUCGGUCCCAAUCCUUUGUCACCACCACCUCUAUGGGAAGAAUGGGUCCUUCGCUCACAAGCAAAAGGUUUCGCGCACACGCAAGACCCUGAGCCAGCUGCACUCACAUCUGUGCCAGCCUACCUCGAUGCCAUGCAGGUUGAUCCAGCGUGUGUGCGACUCAUGCUCGCACCGUGGGUUCCAAUGCAUAGUCGAGCACCAGCAUCUGCAGUAACUACACUAACACCAUCAUCAUCAUCAUCAUCACAGUCACCAUCGCCCAUCCAACAAGAUGAUGUAUCUCAUCCAUCUCCCCUAGUACCCUCCGUGACACGGCGACGCGAUAUUGCACGUAUAGCCCCGCGUUUCUCCAGUUGGUAG